AUGGAGCUGGUAGCUCUUAGUCAGACGUCAUGGCUUGACCUUGCCGUGCUGGCCGGUCCCGCAGGAUAUGUGCAAGUGCAAAGCUAUUUUCAACGUGUGGAAGCGCUGGGGGUGGACGAACCGCCCAUGGGCAGUCGUAGUGGUAAGGUGGUUGAGGUUGUGCCGCAGAUCCUCGCUUGUACCCUGCCCGAGACAACAAGACCUCCAGAACCCUGGUCAGCUCAACGGUUACCAGGGCAGGCCUGCCAGAACAUGACACUGCGCCCAGCGAUCGUCGACGUGAUUAACCGCACAGCCUCUACCAAACAUUCGAAAACCUUAGAUUGCAGGAUUGCGGAGAAGUCGCCCCGCAUCCAGAGUGGAAGAGGCUGUGUGGGCGAAUCAGCUGGUGCGUCGACAUCCACCAUGGCGACACGCGGUAUGAAUGCCCUCUACACUAGAUGGUUCCAGAAGGGCGUAGUGAACAAUACUCAAAUUCGGAUUGCGGGUCUAGGAAACAAGACCCUCAAGACGGACUGUCAGUUAUCGCCACAGAUCCAUCGUGGUGAGCGUGGCAAACGACCACCUUGCGACCCGUUGGCUGGCUGGCUGGCUGGCUGGCCCAUAGAGAGUGUCUACAUGGUUUCAUCACUGCCUUUUUCUCGCCAGGAGAAACCAUUGUCCCGCAACCGCCGUGUACCUACAAUUUGGGCAGGGAAUCAUCCUAAAGCAAGCAGACAUCGAGAUUGGUUCGCUGGUCUCGAGACACAAACUAGUGCAUGA